CUGGAGAUGGGUGUCGGGGAAGCAAAGGCCGUUGUGUGCCCUUCAUGUGGGAGGGAAGAGGAGGAGGAGCCGGGAGAGCAGGUGGAAGUUAGGUGUGGAGGUUGAAGUUGCGGCGCUCACAUCCAAGCUCGGAGCUGUGCUGGCCGUCACCAUGCCCUGAGCUGUGCCCGGGAAAGGUGUGAGCAUGGCCAAGGAGCUGAGCCAGGAGGAGGUGCUGGACUUCUUAUGCCAGGGCGGAGGCAAGGUGCCCAAUGCCUCUCUGGUGGCACACUUCAAGCACUUCUUGAGGGACACCCAGGUGGCCGGCGAUCAGCUCCUGAAGCGCAGGGACGGGUUCAAGCGUUAUGUCAACUCGGUGGCCGUGGUGAAGCAGGAAGGAGCUGUCAAAUAUGUGGUGCUCAGGAGCCGCUACCGAGAUCUGCUGGGAGAGGAGCUGUCACCCGCAAUCCCCGGACACCACGAGACGGCGAUCAGCAACAAUAGAGAGGACGAGGAGAUCGGCUCUCAGGUGAUUGGAGGGGGAUGGAGCAGACAGCAGGAGGGAUAUGCUCGGGGGGAGACUGCAUUCACUGAUCGUCAACGGGGGGCACCAAUGACUUACAAUGACCCCGAUUGGAAUGGUAAUGGGGCUUCUAAUGGCAAGAUCCGACAUGGACAAUCGCAUACCGAGACAGAAAUGAGACUGCCUUCAUCUAAGCCUCUUUCCUCAUCAUCUGGAAAUCUGCAGUCUACAGCAACCCUGAGCAAGACCUCAUCAUCAGUGAACAAUGCCUAUUCACCUAGCAAAACCUUUCCACAUGGCAACAUCCAGCUAUUACCUUCCAACAGGACCUCCAGUGAUACCUGCUUGGCCACUAUGAAGACAACCUCAUCACUUCCUGAUACUUACAUGACCUCCACAAAGAAUUUGUCUUCAUCAGCUGGUACUUCCAUACCCUCCACCAAAACCUCCUCUUCACAAGGUAAUACUUUCAUACCCUUCACUAAGAACUUAUCACCCAGCGAUACUUCCAUACCCUCCACAUCCGGUAAUGCUUCUAUACCCUCCACCGAUACCUCCUCCUCACCAGGUAAUACUUUCAUACCUUCCAUACCCUCCACCAAUACCUCCUCUUCACAAUGUGAUACUUUCAUACCCUUCACUAAGAACUUAUCACCCAGCGAUACCUCUGUACCCUCCACCAAUACCUCUUCACCUGGUAAUACUCCCAUACCCUUCAACAAGAACUCCUCAUUACCCAGUGAUUCCUUCCUGUCCACCAUGAAGACCACCUCUUCACCUCCUGAUACUUGCAUGUCCUCCACCAAGAACUCUUCUUCGCCAGCUGAUACCGUACUCUGCACCAAGAUCUCCCCUUCACAUGGUAAUACUUUCAUACCCUCCACCAAUAACUCCUCACCUGCUAAUACUCCAAUAUCCUUCACCAAGAACUCCUCUUCACCCAGUAAUAUGUCUACAGUCUCCAUCAGGACCUACUCCUCUCCCAGUGAUACUUGCAUACCUUCCACCAGGACGUGCUCACCCGCCAGUGAUACCUCCAUACCCUUCACCAAGACCUCCUCAACAUCCAGUGAUACUUCCAUACCCUUCAUCAAGACCACGUUACCCCCCAGUAAUAGCUAUAUACCCUUCAACAAGACCACCUCGCCCCCAAGUAAUGCUCCUACAAAGACCUCUGAAUCACUCAAUAGCACUUCAACUCAUUACAAGGACUAUUACCCUGAAGACAACCUUUCAGCACCUUAUUCUAAGACUUCUUCAUUUUGUUCCCCUGCUCAACCCCCUUCAUUGCCCCAGUCACCUUCCCCAGAGGCCAGUGAGCACCGGAGACCCUUAUCUGGUGGGGACCAUUGGACAGAAUCUACUAAUCCUGUAAUUGUAAGUGCAAGCUGCAGGGGUCAGCAAGAUCAAAGACUUGCAUGCACUGAGAUCCAGACCCCAGAUUUUGAGGUGAAUGGUACAUUUCCCCAGAAGGUGCUGUCAGAACAGCUGGAUAAUCCCAAGUAUAUAAAUGAACAGCAAAUACAUGGCUUUUAUGAGGAUCUGGCAGCUUCCAGGUACACGAACAGUACACACCCUUCCUCCUCCCUGCUGCUCCCUCUUGAAUCAAGUACCGCUCCUCUAGAUAUGCAGCUGGAAGAAUACGAGGCAGCCAGUCCAUGCCCCUCACCACCUUUACUACUUAACGAUAUGCGUGACUUGUGGAUGUGCCAAAUGCCUGUGUUUAAAAGCAUAAGAUGCCAACUGUCUUUGCAGGACAUGGAAGAUUUUGUUGAUCAGGAAAGCUGUGGAAGUGAGGGGAGUGACAGCGGUGAAGGGGGCGACUGUGACACUGAGCACAGGGAUGAUGAAGACUUUUCCAGCGAUUCAAACACUGAAAAAUACACUCAGUACAUAGAGCAGAAAUGUGAAAACACUAACAGAUGCCCUCCUAACAGAAAAUUCAUUAGCAUUAUUGAACAAUAUAGCAAGCUGCAAAGUGGGGACCUGCUGGGAGCCAAAGAUACUCUAGUGGAUUGCGAACCCGAACCUAACGUACUGGCCGCAAACAAGAAGUCCCCAUACGUUGCUAAAUCCUUUCUCACUGAUCAAGCACCCAUCUUGUUUGAGUUGGCUAGACAUCCUCCAAAGCACAGGGCAAGUUCUCGCUUUCGAGAAUUAAUGUCUUCCUCAGAUGAUGAACUAAUUGAUAGGGAUUGUAAUAGGAGGAGGCGCCCGUCGCGCACUAAGAGACCUCCUGAUAUUGUUGUGGUUCCUCCACAGCCUGACGUGGACUUGCUUUUAUUAACAAAGCCUGUGAGCAAUUACAAGCUUACUGUAAAGCUUGCAGACCAAAAAGAACAUCAAGCACAGUAUGGACCAAAAGCAAAUGAGGAUUUUUUGCUCAAAAAGUCUUUUAAUUACAAAUCGUCAACAGUACCCUUGGAUCCCGCAGAGCAUGACUGGAUUGUUAAGUCAGCUUCUGGGUCUUGGCUUCAGGUCUAUGGAUUGUUUAAUCAAGACCCCCAACUGGCUUUACGAAAAGAUUUCAUCUCCGGUUACACAGUUCUGCACUGGUUUGCCAAGCACGGUGCAAUUGACAUGUUCUAUAAAUUUGUAGUGGGUGCCAGAAAGGCAGGGGUUGAAAUUGAUUUUAACAUCAAGUCUAACGGUGGAUACACACCUUUGCACAUGGCUGCUAUACAUGGCCAUCAAAACGUGGCUGCCAUGUUGGUAGAAAAACUCCAAGUAAAUGUGAAGUUGAGGGACAACAGUGGGAAGAGGGCCUGGCAAUACCUGAGCUGCAAUACAUCUGGGGAGGUAUGGAGGCUUUUAGGAGCCCCUAAGGGGAAAACCAUAUUUGCUUCUCGCACCUUAAAUACCACUUAUAUAAACACACAAAACAAGUCGAGUCAGAUAAAUAGAAAAACAUCAUUGGCAGCUUUUCUUAAACCUCAGCAUCAAAAAUGGAAAGCAAACAACCAUCCUGUAUUAAGGGAAAGAGAAAUCUACAGUGACUGAGAUGGGGUCAGAUUGGAAAUUGACCGGGGAUGGAAAAGAAAGUAGAGCCUUUUUUGUUACAAUGAUGAGGCUUAUGCUUCCUGCCCUGCGUGCUUUGCUGCCUUGUAAUUCUUACUGGGUCCUUGGUACAGACAGGAAAAUGGACCAGUACAAUCCAAAGUUCUCCAGGGAAAGAAACAAACUCAUGCCAUGGUAACACAGUUACAGCUUCCUUCUACAGCCUGCUCUUAGAUACUCUUGCAGUUGUUUUCUGGGGCCAGGACAUUAUCAUGGAUGGGGCUACAGACACAUGCCCACAAUGUUCCGCCAACUACAGUCCUAGACUGAGAAAAGUCAGCUAAGCUUAUGUGAUGUGUAGGAAUAAUUUCUUAAUGGGCUUCCAUUUUUAUUUAUUUUUUAUUUUAUACUGAUUGUUCAUUAUUAAACUUUGCAUGCACUUAAACUGAUGUCCAUGUUUCAUGUCGCUUUAAAUUGUUUGUGGUCCAAACAAACUAUUGCUUCAGUAAGUGCUGCUAGGUCCCGUAGCACUAUAUGUACUGCGUGUAACUUCAGCUACGUACAGUGUCUGUUUCCUGUUGUCACGUCCGGGCUCACACCUAGAGAAAAACAGUUGGUCUGAGCAGCGCUCAGCUUUUCAUAGGCAGCUUUGUAUUCUGUGAAUGAAUACAAUGCUUUUUUUGGCUGAAUCUGGGAGCAUGACCUCAUCAGCUUGCCUCUCAUACUCGGCCAAUCAGAGGAAGCUUUGUAUUUAUUCACAGAAUACACAGCCGCCUAUGAAUGGCUGACUGCUGCUCAGACUGACUCUGGGUGUGAGACAGGAAGUCUCUGUCUCACAGCCAGUACCUACCACUAUGUACUGUAUGUAGCUGAAGUUACAUGCAUUACAUACCUUGCUUUGAGACACUGCUGCACUUGGUAAAGCAAAUUAGUAUGUUUCGACCAGCUUGGUCCAAACAAACUAUUUUAUAGUGACAUGAAAUUUAACAUCAUCUUUAAACAAUUUUGAUGAGUCUAUUUUUAGGGUUGCAAGGAAGAGCUAAUUUCUUGAGACUGCACAACAACCACCUUAUUUGUCAGUUGCAAUAUAUUGUAUCCAUAAGUGUCUUACAGCAUAACAAAUGUUUUAUGUCAGUCGUUGGGUUAGAAAAGUUUACUGUAGCACAAACCUAGCCUUUUAUUGAUGCAAAAAAUGUACAUAGCAGCAGAUGGGUCUAAUCUCUCCUGUUGUCAGGCCAAUACACUGUAGUUCCAUGUAAUAAAUGUCUUUUUACAACAGUCAGGUAUAGUCUGCAAAAUGACUGUUAGAUAAUCAUUACUUGAUGCUUUCUUUUGUUGACUCCUGUAUUAUACUGUGAUAUGAAACCAAAGUAAAUUUAUUUUUUGUUGGCAAAGGAAAUGUUGGAUCUUUUUCACUGGCAAUAAUACUUUGGAGGAUAUUAUAGUAGAUAUUUCGAGCCUUAAUCAUAAAGCUUCCAGGUAAAGAUUGUUGAUUUCCCCCAAAAAUAUCUAUUUAUAGGAAUCCAGUAA